GUCCCUUCCAGAGGUGGCUGGCUGAAAACAGGAACUUGUGCUAAGGUUGGGCUGCCUUCUUCCUUCGCUCCAAGCCUAGGACUCUGUGCCUUCCUCCCAAACAGGGGAGACCUCUCAGUCUCGUUCUGUCAGAACAGAGACCUCCCUGCCUUUCUGGCCCAGAGCAGAGAUCAUGCUGACUUCUCUUGGACCCUCGAUCUCUGCCUUCAGGACCCCAACUCUGUGGGUGCAGGUCCCAGGUCAGCCUCCUGUCCUGGAAAAACAGGGAAAGACUCUGCCCAUCUGGGAUCCUUCAGCUUCCCCAGCUCAGCUUUCAGAAGACCAAGACCUGACCCAAGCAGGGAGCCUGGAGUCAGAGGGAAUGGCCCUUGGGAGCUCCAGACCCCCAGCCCAGGAAUGGGUGACGUUCAAGGAUGUGGCUGUGGACUUCACCCCAGAGGAGUGGGGCCUCUUGGACCAUCCUCAGAAGGAAUUGUACAAGGAAGUCAUGCUGGAGAAUGCCCAGAACCUGCUGUCCCUGGGUCUGCCAGUUCCCACAGAAGAUGUGAUCUCUUUUUUGGAGGAAAGGGAAGCCCCAUGGCUGUUGGAGGAAGAAGGUCUGAGGAGCUGUUGUCCAGAAGGAGAGAUUAGACCAGAAAUGAAAGAGCCUACUGCCAAGCUAAGCAUUUCUGUGAAAGAAAUUUAUGAGGAAAGUUUCACGAGGGAUGGUUCUUGUGACUUCACUGGGAGACAAAUCUGUGCUGUACGUCACAGAAUCCACACAGAAGAGAAACCUUAUGAUUGUCAUUGUGGGAAGAAUCUAAGUGAACAGUCAUCCCUUAUUUACAAUCAAAAAAUUCAUACUGGCGAGAAACCAAAUGAGCGUCAGGAAUGUGUUAAUGCUUUUAAUGAACACUCAUCCUUCAUUACACAUCAUAGUAUUUACAAUGACAGGAAACCUUAUGAAUAUAAUCUGUGUGGAAAGGCUUGGAGAGGCAGCUCUAGUCUUGCUGUACAUCAGAGAAUCCACACUGGAGAGAAACCUUAUGAGUGUCAUCAGAGUGGAAAUGCUUAUAGAAGUACCUCGGAUCUUGCUGCACAUCAGACCAUCCACAGUGGUAAGAAACCUUAUGAAUGUGAUCAGUGUGGAAAGGCUUUCACAUACAACUCCAGUCUUUCUGCACAUCAGAGAAUCCACACUGGAGAGAAACCUUACAAAUGUGAUCAAUGUGGAAAGGCUUACAGAAAGAAGUCUCACCUUGCUGAACAUCAGAGAAUCCACACUGGAGAGAAACCUUAUGAAUGUGAUCAAUGUGGAAAGGCUUUCAGAAGGAAGUCUAAACUUGUUGUACAUAAGAGAAUCCACACUGGAGAGAAACCUUAUGAAUGUCAUCAGUGUGGAAAUGCUUAUAGAAGUACCUCAGAUCUUGCUGCACAUCAGAACAUCCACACUGGGAAGAAACCUUAUGAAUGUGAUCAGUGUGGAAAGGCUUUCACAUACAACUCCAGUCUUUCUGCACAUCAGAGAAUCCACACUGGAGAGAAACCUUACAAAUGUAAUCAAUGCGGAAAGGCUUUCAGAAAGAAGUCUCACCUUGGUGAACAUCAGAGAAUCCACACUGGAGAGAAACCUUAUGAAUGUGAUCAAUGUGGAAAGGCUUUCACAUGGAGAUCCAUUCUUGCUGCACAUCAGAAAACCCACAGUGGUGAGAAACCUCAUGAAUGCAAACAAUGUGGAAUGGUUUGGGAAUUUAAAAGCCAACUUGCUCUACAUCAGAGAAUACACACUGGAGAGAAACCUCAUGAAUGUAAGCAAUGUGGAAAGGCUUUCCAUUGCCGCUCCAGUCUUUCUCGACAUCUGAGAAUCCACAGUGGAGAGAAACCUUAUGAAUGUGAUCAAUGUGGAAAGUCUUUCAUUUCCAACGCCACACUUACUCUGCAUCUAACAAUCCACACUGGAGAGAAACGUUAUAAAUGUGAUCAGUGUGAAAAAGCUUUCCCACAGAGGGCCAGUCUGACUUCACAUCAGAGAAUCCACACUGGAGAGAAACCUUAUAAGUGUGAUCAGUGUGGAAAGGCUUUCUCACAGAGGGGCAGUCUGACUUCACAUCAGAGAAUCCACACUGGAGAGAAACCUUAUAAGUGUGAUCAGUGUGGAAAGGCUUUCUCACAGAGGGGCAGUCUGACUUCACAUCAGAGAAUCCACACUGGAGAGAAACCUUAUAAAUGUGAUCAGUGUGGAAAGGCUUUCUCACAGAGGGGCAGUCUGACUUCACAUCACAGACUCCACACCUGAGAGAAACCUUAUAAGUGUGAUCAAUGUGGAAAGGCUUUUAGAAAACCCUCAGUUCUUCUUAAACAUCAGAGAAUCCAUGCUAGGGAGAAAUCUUAUGAAUGUGAUCAAUGGGGAAAGACUUUCCCACAGAGGACCAGUCUUACUUUACCUCAGAUAAUCCACAGUGGAGAGAAACCUUAUAAGUGUGAUCAAUGUGGAAAGGCUUUCUCACAGAGGGGCAGUCUGACUUCACAUCACAGACUCCACACCUGAGAGAAACCUUUUAAGUGUGAUCAAUGUGGAAAGGCUUUUAGAAAACCCUCAGUUCUUCUUAAACAUCAGAGAAUCCAUGCUAGGGAGAAAUCUUAUGAAUGUGAUCAAUGGGGAAAGACUUUCCCACAGAGGACCAGUCUUACUUUACCUCAGAUAAUCCACAGUGGAGAGAAACCUUAUUAAUGUAAUCAGUGUGGAAAGGCUUGUACAUAGAACUCCUGUCUUGCUGCAUAUCAGAGAAUCCAUCCUGGAGAGAAAUUUUAUGAAUGUGAUUACCACAGAAAGGCUUUCCAACAGAGUUUGAAUCUUGCUCAACAUCAGAGAAUCUACCCUGGAGAGAAAUUUUAUGAGUUAUUUGGAAUGUGAUGAAAGUUUUUAUGUACACAAUCUCCUUAUCAAAGGAAUCUGAUGAAUAAAAUAUCCAAGAGA